CUCACAGAAAGGGACUUGAAACCUUCAUUUGUUAUGACGAACUAACAUUUUUGUCCACACGUCUCUUUUACUGCCUUUUCGUCAGUAUGUGACCCAGUGCUGCUCGUCCCAGUGUAGAGUGAUGCCCGACGUCCUCCCUCCCUGUGCGCUACCUUGCUGAAAGCCAGGCCAGAGACGAACAUGGAUGUCUGACCGGUUUGUAAGAGAGAGGAGAGAAAGCAAGCGAGACGCAUCCUGUCACUCGUCGCAGCGCAAGAACAGGAGGCCGGCGAAGGAGAGCUACGAGGUGCGGUGAUGAUGGCAGAGGUCAAGGAAGCUCCGGGUACAGAGGAGAAGCCAGAGGUCACAGCUGGGAGCACGUCGAGUAAUACCACCCAGGUACAAAGUGGCACUGCGUCUUCAUCUGGGGCCUCCACGCAGCCUCCUGCCACCUCAGCAACAGAGGAUGAGGAUGAGAGUGAGGAUGAAUCAGACAUCCUGGAGGAGAGUCCGUGUGGCCGCUGGCAGAAGCGUAGAGAGGAGGUGAAUCAGCGUAAUGUUCCGGGGAUAGAUGCUGCAUACUUGGCAAUGGACACAGAGGAAGGGGUGGAGGUAGUUUGGAAUGAAGUCAUGAUUUCAGAGAGAAAGAACUUCAAACCGCUGGAGGAAAAAGUGAAGGCUGUGUUUGAUAACCUGAUCCAUUUGGAACAUGCCAAUAUUGUGAAGUUUCACAAGUACUGGGCUGACACAAAGGACAAUCGGGCCAGGGUGAUUUUCAUUACUGAAUAUAUGUCAUCAGGAAGCUUGAAGCAGUUUUUGAAGAAGACAAAGAAGAACCACAAGACCAUGAAUGAAAAGGCUUGGAAGAGGUGGUGCACACAGAUCCUGUCUGCUCUCAGUUAUCUCCACUCAUGUGACCCACCCAUCAUCCAUGGCAACCUGACCUGCGACACUGUCUUCAUUCAGCACAACGGGCUCAUCAAGAUCGGAUCAGUCGCUCCAGACACCAUUAACAGCCAUGUGAAGACGUGUCACGAGGAGCAGAAGAACUUGCACUUUUUUGCCCCAGAAUAUGGAGCUGAUGAUGAUGUUACCACGGCUGUAGACAUCUACUCAUUUGGCAUGUGUGCCCUAGAGAUGGCGCUUUUGGAGAUUCAGGGGAACGGAGAAUCCUCCUAUGUUUCUCAGGAAGCCAUCAACAAUGCCAUACAGUUACUGGAAGACCCACUGCAGAGGGAGUUAAUCCAAAAAUGCCUGGAGUGUGAUCCCAGCACAAGACCUACAGCCAAGGAGCUUCUUUUUAACCAGGCGCUCUUUGAAGUACCGCUCUUAAAACUACUGGCGGCACACUGUAUUGUUAGCCACCAACAUAUGAUUCCUGAGAAUGCCCUAGAGGAGAUUACAAAGAACCUAGAUCCCAACCUCGUCAUUGCUGUGACAAAAGAGGGUGUUCAACUCAAGCUUUCACAGUUUCCUGCUUUGGAGCUUGAUAAAUUCCUGGAGGAUGUGAGGAAUGGUAUUUAUCCAAUGACAGCGUUUGGGCUGCCCUGUCCGCAGCACGCUCAGCAGGAGACUGUUAAGUCUCCCAUUGUCGUCCCCUUGGUUAAAUCCCCUACGCCUGAGCCUGCAGAGCUCGAGACACGGAGGGUCAUUCAAAUGCAGUGUAACUUUGAACCUAUCGAGGAGGGAGCAAAGUACCAUCUAACAUUACUGCUGAAACUGGAGGAUAAGCUGAAUAGACAUCUAAGCUGUGACAUGUUACCUCAUGGACCAAAACAAAGUGGCCUCCCUACUAGAAGAAACAUUCAACCAAGCUCUUCACUAGCAAUGGUUUCCUUGACCAUGGUACUGUCUCCUCAGAACUACACUCUCUACCUUGUUACAUGUUCUUUUUGGUUACUCAACACAGUGAGUGUAUUCAGUGUUUUUUGUUUUUUUUUUGUUCUGUGUCUUUUCUACAAAGCCUUAGGCAGUAAUAUGGCCAAAGGAGUGGGGUUUCCAUAUAGGGGGUAAAACUUCCUUAUAGCACACAAAAUCUGUAACAAAUAGCCAGACAAAUCCAGAGAAACCACCUUGAUUGAUUUCAUUUAUUUUGUUUUUAAAUGUCAGAACAUGCAUGUAUAUGUAUGUAGGCUAUUAAAACGGUUCUAGUACGUUUUAUUAAAGCUGCAACAGACACUCGAUCCCAACAGCACUGAUCAGAGUUGUUGCAGCCACAUUAAAACUCACUCUCUCCUCGAACGCACAAUUGUAUUUUAAUGUGAGGUGUUUACAUUGACGUUUAUCUAAAUCUGAUUAUCAAAGACUCAUUCUGGCCGUCCCUGGAGUCACAACUAAUUUGCUGCUGUUGUACUGCAAAAUUUCAACAGUACAAUCUAUAACUGUUGACAAUCAAUAAAACUGAACAGAGGGAGGGCUGCAUUUCCACCCAAAGAAAAACUGAUAAAAUAGGUCAGGCCCUCCUGUUCUGGACCCUCAUUUCACGUGGUUCUCCUUUAAAUUGGCUCCCUCUUGUUUAUAUGACAAAACAUGACCAGCUCUUCCACUAUUGUGGUUCUUUUGAUGAGCCAAUCACCCAUUAGGUUAAAUAUGUGUAAUAGUUUGAAAACUGGAUUGCAGAUAUGCAACUUUCUCUGUUAUUGAGAAAUAUCUGAAAUUUAAAAAAAGCCUUUGAUACGGAACAACAUGUACGUGCAUUACUGCAUUUUGCAUUUUAAGAAGGCACCUUGCCAAUUUUCUCUGGAGGAUGGUCACUUGGUUACUUAGGGGUACUGUGAACUCAGUGUUACUGAAUUUCUCUUUGUGUGUUUGUUUUUAUAUUUUGCUUUGCUGUUUGGCACACAUACCUUAAAGUCCUCCUUUCAUAUUGUUUUUAUUUUAUUCGAUUUUACCAUUUGCUGCUUGUUGGGUUCACACAUGCUACUCUGCCUUUAAAAGUCAUUCAAAUGAGACUUGUGUACUGAACUCGGCUGCCAUAUCUUGUAGAAAGAGGACCUAGCCUUUUCCUGACAGAUCAGUGUGUGUUUUAUAUGUGUUACAAAAACAAAUCAUGUGUUUUUCUUAUUUUCCUUUGGUUUACUGUGUUUGCACAGAGACCAUGUUGUUAAGAGUCUGAGCCAAUUCACAACUUUCCCUGUUUCUGUUGCUUUUGUUUUCAUUAGCUUACAGAAAAUUUGGUAAAAAAAUGAGACAGAGUGGGUCCUCCAGCAUACAGACACUUGAAUACAACAUGUUCCAGGCCUUGUUUAAAUGCAUGUUAAGACCAGGGAGUUGCCCGUGGCCUUUUUGUGACAUUUUGGUUCAGAACUCUUCGUGGACUACUACUGUGUCUGAAAGCUCAUACAGCGAAGUACCUUGAACUGGCAGCAAGAGUGCAAAGAAAAUACAACAUUCUCAGUAUGUGUAGAAAAGCAUGACUGUUCAUAUACUGUUGCACACAAACAGACCGUGUUCUGGUGUUUUAUUGAACUUAUACUCUCGUGUCUUGUAGCUACUCCACCAGUUAAUUGAACACUGUUGUUUUGAGCUGUUUGACUGAGCGUUACUCCGAUGCUUUUUGUUGAGUUGCACGCCUCAUCUGUAAAAGCACAACAAUCCAAACGGUUAUAUUUCUUAAGUAUUUUUAAAUGUUUUCAGGCUACCAUUGUGUCGCAGUCUUUUUCCACAUUUUUUUUUUUCGCUGUACAAACGUGUAGUCCGUCAAUAAGAUAUUGCAUAGAUUGCUUUAUUUUAUUCUGUCUUUGUGUCCGUCUGUGAACUGUUAAGAUUGUAUUUUCCAAACAUUUGUUCUCAAGUCAGCCAGGAGAAUGUAAACGCACCACUUCUAGAACGGAGAAGUCGGUAAAUCAAACCAAUGUGAUCACCAGAGCUUUAUACCAACUCUCUCCCCCUAUGCCUCUUCAUCUCCUUUGUCUCCCUCUUUGUACUUGUCCUUUCCACCCUAUUUAUUGGUGGUGAUGAAACUGGUUAUUAAAUAAUCGUACAGGGUGGGCAGCUUUAGCCUGUUUCUCCAUGAUGUGAGCUUUUUGGUUACAUUUGGAAAUUCUUAUAUUUUGUAUAUGACAUGAAUGUCCGUAAAUGUGCGUCUUUUUCUGAGACUUGUAUCCUGACGAACUCAAAGGAAGAAUGUUCUGACAAAUAAAUGUGUGAACUGCUUCACUUCACUGUU